AUGAAAUUCGUCAUUGUGUUCGUUGCCCUCUUCGCCGUGGCUUUGGCUGCUCCUCCCGCACAGCAAGUUGAGAUUGUGCGUCAGGACUCCGAUGUCCAACCUGACGGUUACCGCUUCGGUUACGAGACCAGUGAUGGUUCCAAGCACGAAGAACAAGGGCAGCUGAACAACAUCGGCACGGAGCAGGAAUCGAUUUCCGUACGCGGUUCAUACAGUUUCGUUGCCGACGAUGGCCAAGUCUACACUGUCAACUACAUUGCCGAUGAAAAUGGUUUCCAACCACAAGGUGCUCAUUUGCCUGUUGCUUAA